UGAGAGAGAGAGAGAGAGGGACGGAGAGAGGAGGGACGGUGACUGACUGACUGGCGGUGACAUCAGUGGGGAGCGGGUGCCCGGAUGUUGCCGUGGUAACCGAGGCCCGAGUGCGGAGUGAGCGGACGGUCAGCACCGGCACCGCGGGCGGCGGCGGCGGCUCGCGGCAACAUGCAGGUGGAUAGCCGCCAGCCGUUGCUAACGGGGGAAGGCCCUCAGUUUGUUCCAGAUGAAUCUAAAGUUGAUAAACCACAAGUGGAUUCAAUUGUACACCAGUUGGAACCAUUGAAUGACCAGCAAACAAUAAACUCUGCAGGUGGAUUUGUGUGGCAAGUCACAGAUGUGACCCGUCUGCGUCGAUUCCUCUGUUUUGGUUCAGAGGGUGGAACAUAUUGUGUCAAUGAGGAAAGACUUGGAAGAGAAACUGCUCAGGCUAUAUUGAGACUGAUAGAAGAAGGUAAAGGGGUUGAGGUUGUGCAAGAAAUAAAGACAUUCAGUGUUGAAGGAAGAACAGCCAAGCAGGAUCCUGCUCUAUUUGCUUUGGCUCUUUGCACACAAAGUUCUGAUGCUUCCACAAAACAAGCUGCAUACAAAGCCCUUUCUGAUAUUUGUCGUAAUCCGACCCACCUAUUCACAUAUAUCCAAUUUAAAAAGGAUAUCAGUGGCGGGAUGAAAUGUGGCAUAUGGGGAAGAGCCCUGAGAAAAGCAGUAUCGAACUGGUAUAACAGUAAAGAUGGGAUGGCAAUAGCUAUGGAUGUUACAAAAUACAAGAAGAAGGCAGGAUGGUCCCACAAGGAUUUGCUGCGUUUGUCGCAUCUGAAGCCAGCUAACGAAGAUCUUACGUUGGUCACCAAGUAUAUUAUGAAAGGUUGGAAGGAAGUUGAAGAAGCCUAUAAGGAUAAAGAAAACUCAGAUGAAAUUCAUCGACUGUUGAAAUAUUUUGAAGUUCUGGAGAGGGUGAAAAUGACAAAAGAUGAACAUGAGGUUGCUCAGCUUGUGGAAGAGUACAAGUUGGUCACAGAGCACCUUCUGACUAAUCAUCUGAAAUCAAAGGAGGUCUGCAGAGCACUACUGAAGGAUAUGCCAGUUAUGGCAAUGCUUAGAAAUUUAGGGAAAAUGACUACGGAUUCAAUUCUUGCUCUCGGAAGUGAAGAGGUUGCUAUAGCUUCUGAAAGGCUAAAAAAUGAUUCUGUUUUAACGAAGGUCCAUCCAUUUGACAUUUUGGUGGCUCUGGAAACAUAUAAAACAGCAAAAGGAACCCGAGGAAAGCUAAAAUGGGUGCCCGACCCAGACAUUUUAGCAGCACUUGAUGUGGCAUUUUAUAAAACUUUCAAGAAUGUAGAACCUACAGGGAAACGUUUUGUUCUGGCCCUGGAUGUCAGCUGUUCUAUGUGUGGCCCUGUUCUUGGAAACAAAAUGCUCAAGGCGUACAAUGUUACUGCAGCUAUGUCAAUGGUAGUCACACGUACAGAAAUGAAUUCUACAAUACUAGCCUUUUCUAAGGAUAUGGUUCCAGUGCCCAUCACUGCACAAAUGACACUGAAUGAAGUACUUACUGCAAUGAAUAAGAUCCCAUUUGGCGCCACUGACUGUUCCCUCCCCAUGUUGUGGGCCAUUGAGACCCAGACUGCUGCGGAUGUAUUUAUUAUCUUCACUGAUAAUGAGACUUAUUUUGGAAAUAUCCAUCCUGCGGAAGCCCUAAGAGAGUACAGAAAGAAAAUGGACAUUCCAGCUAAAUUAAUUGUCUGUGCAUUGGCUUCCAAUGGCUUCACCAUUGCUGACCCUGAUGACCGAGGAAUGCUGGAUAUCUGCGGUUUUGACACUGGAGCUCUGGAAGUCAUCCGAAACUUCACAUUAGACUUGAUUUAAAAACUUCAAGGAAAUUCACAUUAUUUAGUGAAAGAGCAGUCAUUUAUCAGGUUUAUAAGACUACUUUGUGGAAGAUUUAUAUUAUGGAUUGCUAGUUUCUUAAUGGAGUGCCGCCUUUAUUUAGAGAGCCGGUAAAUGGCAUGAUCUUAGGACUGGUUAACCACAAUAAAUAAUUUUAAUUGUGGCAGUCUUUCCUCUGUCAAAGCAUUUGUAACUAACUGUAGUAACAUCUAAGUUGAGUUAUAGUAUAACCAAAGCGUGCUUCCUCUUUUCACUUAGUUUAUGUAAGAUCAUCUUUGCAGUAAAUAUAAUAAUUGCAAACACAGCUUAAUUGUGGGUUUGCUUUGAACAGUCUAAAAAGAUUUGAAAUCUUAGGGUUGUAUGAAUUUAUUUGGGGCGCACUUGUGCACACAGCCAUGUCACAGCCAUAUUUUAAGAUGGAAUUUCUUACAAACGUCUGUAUAAUUUUAUAAUACUAACUUUAUGAAACACCUACAUUCCAAAAGCUGUUGAAAUUGUAAGGUUAUGUAAUAUUCUGCAUUACGCUGGUAAAUUUAAUUUUCAAAUCUAAAGAAAAUUCAUAUAUAAAGGUGCUACAAAUGUUUCAAUAAUUUCUAAUUAUUUAGCUGCUUUUUGCAGAGAGGUUUUAAAAGAUAUCCAUAAAUGGCAUUUCUGUAAAAGAUGUGAAUUGUAUUUCACCACUAAUUUAUGUUUAAGCUCACUGAGACACUACCCUACGUGGAGGGCACUAUAUAAGUGCAAGUUGUUGUUGUUUAACUUUGUGGAUACCAGUAAUGCAGUAAUAGUGUAAGUAGAAGAGGGAACUUUUAUGUUCAUUUAAAUAUUUGAAAUAAUACAAUGAGAUUUGGUCAAAACUCAAGGCAUUUCUCAUAUUUGUUUCUCUACAUUAUCAAUGGUUAGAGCACUCGCCUCGCAAGCGAGAGACCUGUGGAUUCCCAACAGGGCGAAAUGUUGAGCAAGUUUUCUCACUCUGCACGCCU